UACCCUUCCUCCUCGCCAUGGUCUAGUAGACUUUCCUUAGCUUGGCUCGAUACCUCGGAAUCCAUGGCUGUCGCCUGACAUGCCAUCGCCAAGCAGUGAUUAGUUCUAAAUCUUAGUCCAUUCACAGCUCUAAUCUUCAUGUUAGUCUAUCUUAAUAUAUCCUCUACCAGUUAUUCCGAAUGCUCGUUUCCUCGCAAUCCAUAUCGUCACUAAUCAGUAACUGUGUUUAACGCUUAAUCGAGAUCAGAGUCAUAACGUCACGUUAAUCUUCAUAUAUAAUCUAGUCAAACGGAUCAUCUCUAUUAUAGGCAUCUGGAGCUUCUAGAGCAGCGCCAUUCUACUCAUUCGAAGCAGUUCAUUCGUAGACUCUCAGAAUCCAUGAGCCGCCUAUCCUCGCUAUCCAUGGCUGUCGUCACCUGCUGUUCUAUCAACUACCAGCGACCAUCUUGCUUUUUACCAUAAUCUUCAUCUCCGCGCUAGUACCUCAAUCCAGAACACCCCGUCAUGGUGAUCGACGACCGUCGCUGUACUUCUGCGGCUCUGCCUCGCCUUACGAUGCACUUUCACCGCUGUCUCGUCUUAAAGAGGUGGUUCGCCACAUGACGGCUCGUCGAUGGUUCGUCGAGGUUCGCCACCGUACAUGCCUGACACAUCAAUAGCUGCUCUCCGUGAGCUCUUUCGAAAGCCAACGCUGCUGGUCAGAUUGGUCACCUGGCUAUUUUUUUCUGACGCCGACAACCACGCCGACAGUAACGCUUGGCGAAAACGUCGUGACGGCAGCGUCUUCUGACGGUGACGAUCGAGACGGCGUUUUCUAACGGUGAGAAUCCCGACGCCAUUUCCUCACGGUUGCGAUGGCGAAGGCGUUCGUUGAUGGUGACGAUCGCGACGGCGUUUUCUGACGGUAACGAUCGUGACGGCGGCCACGGCAACGAUCGCGACGGCGUUUCCGGACGGCGACGGUCGCGACGGCGGUUUCUGACGGUGACAAUCGUGACGGCGGCUUCUGAUGGUGACGAUCAAGUCUUCCGACGUCCUGCUGCUGACGGUGCAUCCUGCUGCUGACGCUGCUACUGAUGGCGGCGGUGGUGGCUCUGCUGAUGAUUCCGCCUAUUCUGCCAGUGACGAUCAAGUGUUCCGGCGUCCUGCUGCUGACGACAUGAUCCUGCUGCUGACGGAGGUGCCGCUGCUGCUACUGCUGGCGGCGGUGGUGGCUCUGCUGAUGAUUCCGCCUAUUCUGCCAGUGACGAUCAAGUGUUCCGGCAUCCUGCUGCUGACGACAUGAUCCUGCUGCUGACGGUGGUGCCGCUGCUGCUACUGCUGGCGGCGGUGGUGGCUCUGCUGAUGAUUCCGCCUAUUCUGCCAGUGACGAUCAAGUGUUCCGGCGUCCUGCUGCUGACGACAUGAUCCUGCUGCUGACGGUGGCGCUGCUGCGUGGGGGGCUGAGAGGAGGACGGGAGGUUGGAGUUGAGUGGUGAAGUGAGGGCGUGGAAGCCCGUGGCCCUUGGCGGUCGCGUGCAUGGUCUAGGCGGGUAGUUUGGCAUUCAUUCCCAUGCGCGCGUCCCUUUCUCUCCUCUCGAACCUCCUCUUUCUCCUCUCAGUCCCCCUCGCAUGGCCGCCAAGUGCCGUGGGUUCGCCCGUGCCUCACACUCCUUCCCCCUUGAAGCCUUGGACGCCCUCCCAAUGCACUGCUGCCGUGGGUCUUAGACACAAAUUCGUCACUUU